AUGUCCGCUAGAUUACCUACCCUUCGGAUAUUUUGGCGCCAAUGCCUGGGAACCCCCACACGGUCUGGCUUCCAGGCUAAUUUGAAAACAUCAUGGCGUUAUUUCAACUCCAGUGCGCCUCACAGCAAAUCCAAAGGCGUAGCCCGAACCAUCGAUUCCGCAUGGCAAGCUUCGAGCCCUCAGGGCAACAGGAAUCCCCGGGCGCUUGCAAAACUCCAAACAAAAGUAUUACACGGGGGUGAAGUACUGCUUUUCGAGGCUCCAUCCCAUCGCGCCUAUGUCUUAACCGCGUUUGGUUUGUCUGGGUUCUGCUUCGCCUACUCUCUCUACAAUUCCAAUGCGACCUUCCGGGACCCCAUCGUCCCACUCCCAAUGUGGCAAAAGUCUCUCUUUGGUGGAAUCUGUAUCGUGAUGAGUGUCAUGGGCACCUUGUUCAUUACCCGAACUGGGUUCCUAGUGAGGAAUAUCAAGGCCGUGAAUUCUGAUGGGCGCAUGCGGGUACUUUUCUCAGUCAGAAGCCUGAUGCCAUUUAAGAAGCCAUACCAGGUUGAGGUGGCACCUGGCGAUAUCUCCUUCAAGCGCAAGCUGACCGUUUCUCCGGAGACCGCAAAGCGGUAUGAGGUGGAGAGCAGGAGGCUCGGCCGGGGCUUGCAGGAGGCCCCGCGUUUCUUGAAGUCUCCAGUUAGUGCAUUGAGCUACCAGCUCUGGAGAACUUUCCAGUCUAUGCGCCAAGUCUUCACAAAUGAGGACUUUAUCAUAGUUCAGGUCGCUGGGCGCAAGUCCCAAUUCCGAUUGGACUCCAAUGGAUACAUAUCGGAUGAUCUCCUGCACUUCGGUCGUAUGGUGAACAUGAAGAUGCCGUUCGCCAAUUAA